AUGACAGCUCUACUCCUCAAUUUCAACAGAGAAAUUGCCCUCAACCGGUCGCUUCCCACUUCGCGCAGCUUUGCCUUCUUGCCAGCACUUCUGCCCCUCGCAAACAUGGCCUUUUUCCUGCAGCUGCGAGACAGGAUAGCCCGUAUUAACAUUCGACCAGUUGUCACCAUUGCUGCUCCGCAAGUCUCGCCGACCAUCGAAGCCCACUCGAAGGACAUGGAUGACGAUGGCGCCUGCACGCUCGAGCGCACUCCCUCAAAACAGCAGCAUCGCAUCAAGAUUGGCAAGCGCCUCUCGGGCCGCCCUCUGGUCGAUCGCAACGUCUCGUCCAGCCAGAGCGUUGCAGAAAGUGCCCUGUCAGAAAUCCUUGCUGAGGACAGCGCUAAUCCAGGCCACCGCGGCCACAAUCACCAUAUCCAACCUCUGGUGGCCCAGGUUAGUGCGUGGCUAAAGGAAGAAAAAGCAAGAAGAGCAGCUCGCAAGGCAGCCAAGCGUGAGCCUCGUCCGGAGCCUACAAUGCCUAGCGCCCAGGAGAAAGCGCCGAGCGAGUCUGCCGACACAGCCGAAAAUGAGGUGCGCCGGCCUUCGGACGCGUCUGAAGGCUCGGCCGCCUUGGACGCACUUGAACAGAUUAUUGAGAAGGGCUUGUCUGUCGUCGGCCACGAAGGACGCAAGGUGCCGCACCGCAUCAGCCGCAAGCUGAGACGCCAGUCGACGGCCGGCUCGUCUGAUACUGAGUACCACGAUGGCGAUGUACUUGUGCCCAGCUGUGACGUUGUCCUUGACAACAGCCGCACUCUUGCCUAUUCUGGUGGUGGUGUUGACGAGGUUGACAUUGAUGAUCAAUUGACUCCCGGAACGAGGAAGGCCAAGGAGAAGCAGGCCUGGGCGACGUUCAAGUACGAGAUUGUUCGCCUUGCACACACCCUGCGCUUGAAGGGAUGGCGGCGAGUCCCCAUGGACAGGAGCAGCGACAUCGAGGUCGAGAGGCUUAGCGGCGCUCUUACUAAUGCUGUCUACGUCGUCUCGCCUCCAAAGGAUCUUCCUCCUCGGGAAGGAGAAGACGGAGACAUCCAUCCCCGUCCUCGCAAUCCUCCUCCGAAGCUGCUGCUCCGAAUCUACGGCCCUCAGGUCGAACAUCUGAUUGACCGUGAAUCUGAACUGCAGAUCUUGCGUAGGCUUGCUCGCAAGAAAAUUGGUCCUCGUCUGCUCGGAACCUUUUCUAACGGUCGCUUUGAGGAGUUCUUCCACGCUCGCACGCUUACUCCUAGGGACCUCCGCAACCCGGAGACUUCAGUUCAGAUCGCCAAGCGCAUGCGUGAGCUACACGAGGGUAUUGACCUCCUCCCGCAGGAGCGCGACGAUGGUCCGUUCAUCUGGAAGAACUGGGACAAAUGGGUUGAUCGCUGCGAGUAUAUCUCAAAAUGGCUCGAUGCAGAAGUUUUGAAGGGCUCAGAGACAACUCAAGAUAUUGGCUCAUUGGCCGAGCUUGGAUUUGUAUGCGGCGUUCCGUGGGAGAUGUUCCGCCAGACGGUGGAGAAGUACCGGACAUGGUUGAAGGAAAAGUACGGAGGAUGCAAGCAUCUCAAUGAGCGGCUGGUUUUCGCCCACAACGAUACACAAUAUGGAAACAUUCUUCGACUCAUGCCCCCAGGAGACUCGCCUCUUCUCCUUCCUGCCAACGAGCACAAACAGCUUAUUGUGAUCGAUUUUGAGUACGCGAACGCAAACACACCUGGGUUGGAGUUCGCCAAUCAUUUCACUGAGUGGUGCUACAACUACCACGACGAGAAGGCUCCUCACGCCGUCAACACCAAUGCAUACCCAACACCUGCAGAGCAACACCGCUUCAUCCGCUCUUACGUCACUCACCGUCCCUUCCAGCCUUCUCAGAGCAGUGACUCUUCCAUCGCAUCUAGCAACGUCCGCCCCCCGACACUGGCCCACAGCUCCUCCAUCUCAGCCUUCAUGCUCGAUUCCCGUGCUCCACCACAGCAACUCGAAGAACAAGAGGAGCGUGAAGAGGCCGAACUCGAGAAGGAAAUCAAACGCCUCAUGGCCGAAACGCAAAUCUGGCGUCUUGCCAACUCCGCACAAUGGGUCGCGUGGGGAAUUGUGCAAGCCAAGGUCUCUGGCCUCCCCGACUUCGACGAUGAAAUGAAGAAGAAUACGGCUGCGAACAGAAACGCUGGGCCCAGCGCCUCUGAUAUCAAGGAAGGGGAGCAAUCCUAUAUGACCCCGCAGGGAGAUCAAGGUGUGGGCAUGACGGACCCGCCUUCCGCGGAGGCGGAGGAGGCUGCAGAUGUAGGCGAUGCGAACAGCUCGUCGGGUGCAGCCGAGGGUGAGGAAGAAUUCGACUAUCUAGGAUACGCAAACGAUCGCGCCAUGUUCUUCUGGGGUGAUGCGGUGAAGCUGGGCAUCAUUAAGGAGGAUGAACUGCCUGAGGAGGUGAGGAAGAGGCUCAAGAUUGUGGAGUAUUAG